AGAGUCCUGUCUGCAACAUACGAAACCUUAUUUUGCAAAACCCGCACUUUGAAUUGAGCCCAAUUACUACUCAUCUAGAAGCUUUUGAAUCUCGCAGCGCAGGCACAGACGCAGUGAAACUGUGAAACUGAAAACCAAUUUCCCGCACCAAAUAUGUUGUUCUUCUCGUAUUUCAAGGAUUUGGUGGGGAGAGAACUAACGGUGGAAUUGAAGAACGAUUUAGCGAUUAGAGGGACUCUACAUUCAGUGGAUCAAUAUCUCAACAUUAAGCUGGAGAAUACUAGGGUUGUUGAUCAAGACAAGUACCCCCAUAUGUUUUGUUCUACUUUUUGCAGCUUUCAGUGUGAAACUGCUUUAUCCGGGGAUCUGUGGUCCGAUAUGUGCAAUUGCCACCCGAGGGAGUUGAUGUCGAGCUUCUGCAUGAUGCCACCAGAAGAGAAGCACGCGGUGGCUAACUCUCCGUGCCCAUUCCUUGAUGUUAUGAGCUCGAAGCAGUGGAUUCUUCGUCACAAGACAAGAAUGGAAGACUUCUUAUUCCUGCAUUACUUGGGAAAUUUUUUGUGCGAAUUCGGGCAUAUGCUAUUUGGUAGACAUUUAUUAAGUUGGAGUAAGCUAGGGCUAAAUGUUGAAUUUCGUCGCUUGAUUGUGAUUAAUAUUGCAAGUUUUUGUACUAUAACCGUGAAUAGUGACUAUGUGUUUACAUCAUUGUCUCUUAUUGCAUGCCUUGCCUCUUUCACCACAUUUUGACUACGUCCUCUA